GUGAGCCAAGGGGUACGCGGAUUUGAUAAGCGGCAACACUUUCGGAUAGCAGCCAGUCCUUGGUAAAAAAUAUCGCGCAGAAAAAAGGGUGCAGAGGACUUUAAAGCGACGGCUUACCAUUAGGCCGAGUGUCCAGCGAUCGCGGUGUUGAGAAUGUUGCGGCCGGUGAGAGAUAUGGUUCCGGCGAUGACGGCGCUGGUGCUGCUAUUGCUACCAACGGUGCACAAUGUUGCGGCAGUUCAGGGAUUGGGGCGAUGGAAUGAAACGGAACUGCUGCCUGGACGGACCCGCAACGGGCGGUUUCUGUUCGAUACGCUGUUCGGGCUGAACACGGCUGCCUUCUCGCUCGAUGAUGAUGAUGACCUGAGUGUGAAUCAGGUGAAAAGCUGUGAUUGUGAAUGUGGAGCAGCGAAUCAAGAGAUUCGAAUCGUCGGUGGACGACCUACCGGCGUAAACCAGUACCCCUGGCUCGCUCGACUCGUCUACGAUGGACAGUUCCACUGCGGUGCGUCACUACUGACCCGAGACUACGUGCUGACGGCCGCCCAUUGUGUGCGCAGAUUGAAGCGCAACAAAAUACGUGUAAUCCUCGGUGAUUACGAUCAGUUCGUCGCGUCGGAGACACCGGCUAUCAUGCGGGCCGUGACGGCCAUCAUCCGGCACCGGAGCUUUGAUCAGAACUCGUACAACAAUGACAUUGCGCUGCUGAAGCUUCGGAAACCCGUAGACUUUACCAAAACGAUCCGGCCAGUCUGUCUGCCGAAGGAGCGCAGUGAACCGGCCGGUCAGCUCGGUACGGUGGUCGGUUGGGGUCGCACAUCGGAGGGAGGGACACUGCCUGCCCUUGUGCAGCACGUCGACGUUCCGAUCCUAACGCUGGACCAGUGCCGCAGCAUGAAGUACCGGGCAUCGCGCAUAACCUCCAACAUGCUGUGUGCCGGCAAGGGCAAACAGGACUCGUGCCAAGGUGAUUCCGGUGGACCGCUGCUGGUGCGAAAUGGUGAUAAGCACGAGAUCGUCGGCAUCGUCUCGUGGGGUGUCGGUUGUGGCCGGGCUGGCUAUCCGGGAGUGUACACGCGGGUCGCACGCUAUCUGCCCUGGCUGAGGGCGAACCUGGACGACACCUGCCUUUGCUCCAAGAACAAUUCGAGAAUGGCCACUCGUGGCACUUCCGCCCGGCAGCUGGUGGUGGUGACGUUGGCCGUGGUGUUGGCCAGCACUAUGCUCGCGUCGGCACGGUUGCUGCAGGUCCAGGGCAAGUACGAGAUGUUGGCCACACCGAACAAGAACACGGACGAGCGGAGCAUUGUCGAUAACAUGAAGAUGCUGUUCGGUGGGGGCAGUAAUCGGGCACCGGCUCACGAUACCCCGGCCAGUGCUUGCAGUUGCCGAUGCGGUGAGCGGAACGAAGCGUCGAGGAUCGUCGGUGGGCAGGCGACGGGCGUGAACGAGUUCCCGUGGAUGGCACGGUUAAGCUACUUCAAUCGCUUCUACUGCGGCGGUAUGCUGAUCAACGAUCGUUACGUCCUGACGGCGGCCCAUUGCGUCAAGGGCUUCAUGUGGUUCAUGAUCAAGGUGACGUUCGGUGAGCAUAACCGGUGUGACGAUUCCGUUCGACCGGAGACACGCUUCGUGCUGCGUGCGAUCGCCCAGAAGUUUAGCUUCCUCAACUUCGACAACGACAUCGCGCUGCUACGGUUGAACGAUCGCGUACCGAUCACGGACUUUAUACGACCGAUCUGUCUACCGUCGGAUCCAAGUAAUGCGUACGUCGGCACCAACGGAACGGCGACCGGUUGGGGCACGCUGAAGGAGGACGGCAAACCGUCGUGCGUCCUGCAGGAGGUCGAAGUACCGGUCCUGUCGAACGAGGUGUGCAGCACGCAAACCAACUAUACCGCCUCCAUGAUCACGGACAACAUGAUGUGCGCCGGAUAUCUCGGUGUCGGCGAGAAGGAUUCGUGCCAAGGGGACAGCGGUGGACCGCUGGUGGCGGUGCGUCCCGAUAAACGCUACGAGCUGAUCGGUGUGGUUUCGUGGGGCAAUGGAUGUGCCCGACCGUACUAUCCCGGUGUCUACACGCGUGUCACUCGCUACCUGGACUGGAUCCGCGAGAACUCCAAGGAUGGUUGCUUCUGCAACGAAUGAACGAACCCCCCGCUUCGGGGACGACUGGCGACUGAUGCCGCGAUGCUUAGUGGAUUCUGUGUGUGGUAAUUCGAUUGUGUGAUAACUGGAAGAGAGAG